GACCUUGGCACCGCUCUCAGUGUCUGUGAGGAAGACACGAUAUGAUUAACUAUCAGAGUAAAUCUCAGCCACCUGGUCUGGAUCUGACCUCGCGUCUGCUCUGGCAACCAGAAAUCCCCAGGAAGUCUCCCUGACUGCAGACUUCACUUUGUCCUCCAAGUUUUCCUAAAAGCCCUUUGCCACUUUUUAUCCUUGCACAUAUAGUUUUAAUGAACUGAACUCUGUCUGUAAAGUAGCACAGCGUUGCCUCUCUGAAGUGGAACCAUCUUUGUUUUUCUUCAGUGUCCUCAUAUGAGAUCCUCAUUAGUGGAAAAAAAUACCAUCCGCCCCUCGAAAAUGUGUCUGGCCUCCUCCAGACUGUUUCAGCUAUCAGUGGUUUAAUGGUGACCCAUUUUUUACGUCUGCCUGAGCAACAAAACCGUCUCCUGACAGCUGGAGAUCUGGCUGACUUAACAUCUGUUUGUCCAGGAGAGGGAGAGGGAGAGGGCGAGCAAUCGGAUAUGUUUUGGUUGGAGAUGACACCGACCAGAGUCCCAAAGAGAUGAGGUAGAAAUAGAACAGAAGAAGUGACUGAGGACCAUGCCGACCAUGCAGAGCUCCGUCGUCCUGCUGAUCGUUAGCGUGCUGAUCGGUCUGAGCUGCUCCCUGAACCCAAGGGACCCGAAUGUGUGCAGCCUGUGGGAGAGCUUCACCACCUCAGUCAAAGAGUCGUACUUGCAUCCCUACGACCAGGUGACAGACGAGCCCUGUUCCGACCCUCGGACCUCCUACCGAUGCAUGCGCCACAGGAUCACCUACAAGACGGCCUACAGGCAGGCGGUGAAGACGGACUAUCGCAAGAGGUACCAGUGCUGUCCCGGCUACUACGAGAGCAGAGACAAAUGUGUCCCUCGCUGCACCAAGGAGUGUGUGCACGGCCGCUGUGUCGCUCCCGACCGGUGCCAGUGCGAGGGAGGCUGGCGAGGAGACGACUGUUCCAGCGCCUGUGAUGACAAACACUGGGGCCCCGGCUGCAGUAAUCAGUGCAAGUGUGAGAACGCAGCGCUCUGCGAUCCAGUGAAGGGGACGUGUCAGUGUCCCCCGGGCUUCAUAGGACGCCACUGCGAGGACUCGUGUCCAGCCGGCACCUUUGGGAAGGGCUGUCUGCAGAGGUGCAAGUGUGGGACCGGAGGGUCAUGUGACCAGCAAACAGGAGAGUGCUUAUGUCGGGACGGAUUCACGGGGACAUUCUGUGAGGCAGCGUGUUCCAGGAGGUGUCAGGCACGCUGCCCCUGCCAGAACGGCGGUAUCUGCCGGGGCAAAGGGAUCUGCGCCUGCCCCCCCGGAUGGACGGGGGCAGUCUGCACGGAGCGAUGUCCAGAGGGCAGGUUUGGACCAAACUGUGAAGCGGAGUGUGUUUGCCACAACAGGGGCAAGUGCGACCCAGAAACUGGACAGUGCCAGUGUGCUAAAGGUUUCACUGGUAACAGGUGUAACGAGGAGUGUGCGGCAGGAAGUUACGGUCAGGACUGCGAAGGCGUGUGCGACUGUGCAAACGGCGCUCGCUGCUACAACAUCGACGGAGGCUGUCUGUGCGAGCCGGGCUUCAGCGGCCCGCACUGCAGGGACAGGAUGUGCUCGCCCGGCAAAUACGGGAUGCACUGUGAACGCACGUGUCUCUGUCAGGACAAACACACACUCAGCUGCCAUCCAAUGAAAGGAGAGUGCACGUGCCAGCCGGGCUGGGCAGGGCUGUACUGUAACGAGACGUGCGCUCACGGUUUCUAUGGUCACGGUUGCCUGGAGCCGUGUCUGUGUGUGAAUGGAGGGGUGUGUCACAGCGCCACUGGACGGUGUCAGUGUGCCCCAGGGUUCACGGGGGUUCAUUGUGAGAGUCCGUGUAAAAGUGGCACCUACGGAAAAAACUGCUCCCUGGAGUGUUCCUGUAAAAACUUUGUCGACUGCUCGCCGAUGGACGGGACGUGCUUCUGCAAAGAGGGCUGGCGAGGACCGGGCUGUUCCACCCCCUGCUCUGAGGGAACCUGGGGCCCAGGAUGCAACGCCACCUGCCGCUGCGCCAACGGGGCGAAAUGUCACCCCGCAGAUGGAUCCUGCACCUGCACCGCCGGCUGGCAGGGGCCGCACUGUGACCAGCCAUGCCCUAUGGGCACUUUUGGGCCAGGCUGCCUGAAGAGGUGCGAUUGUGUCCGUGCCGACGGCUGCCAAGCCACCACCGGGGAGUGCCACUGUCUGCCAGGCUGGUGGGGUUCCCGCUGUAGCGAGCCAUGUUCAGAGGGCCUGUGGGGGCGCCACUGUAACCAGACCUGUUUCAAGCAUUGCCCCAACAGCGACACGUGCAUAAGGGAAACUGGGGAGUGUGUCUGUCGUCCAGGCUACUGGGGAGUCACCUGUCAGAACAAAUGCCGAGCUGGCAUGUUCGGCGAGCAGUGCAGCAUGUCCUGUCCGUCCUGUGCAGAGUCGUACCGCUGCCAUCAUGUGACAGGAGAGUGUGACUGCCUGCCUGGAUACACGGGACUCAACUGUGAUCAAGUUUGUCCAUCUGGCUUCUUUGGCAAACAGUGUUCUGAGGUGUGUGUGAACUGUGCCAACAACUCCACAUGCGACCACCGGGACGGUCACUGUGAGUGUUUGCCUGGCUGGACUGCGACUGACUGCUCCAAACCCUGUAGUCCCGGUCGGUUUGGAUCCUUCUGUACUCAGACCUGCUCCUGUCCCAACGACCUCGUCUGUGACCGCUUCACCGGAGACUGCAUUUGUGAAAGUGGAGACGAGGACUGCAAACAAGACUCGUCCGAGCGGACGGGCAGCGUCAUGGUCCCUCUUCCUCCUGGUGAGCGGGAGUCGUGGGGGGCCAUCAGCGGCAUCGUCGUGCUCGUCAUCCUCGUGGUGCUGCUGCUGGCUCUGCUGCUCCUGUACCGCCGCAGGCAGAAGGACAAGCAGAACAACACGCCGUCGGUUUCCUUUUCCACCAGCCGCACCGUCAACUCCGAAUACGCUGUUCCAGAUGUUCCUUACAGCUACCACCACUACUACUCCAACCCCAGCUACCACACGCUGAGCCAGAACAGGCCUCCGCUGCCGCAUCUCCCCAACAACCACGACCGCACCAUCAAGAAUACCAAUAACCAGCUGUUCUGCAGCGUGAAAAACAUGGAGCGGGAGAGACGGGGGCUGUUUGGGGUUGAGAGCAACGCGACGCUGCCUGCGGACUGGAAACACCACGAGCCCCGCAAAGACUCAGGAGCUUUUGGAAUCGAUCGGAGCUACAGCUACAGCGCCAGCCUUGGAAAAUAUUACAGCAAAGAGCUGAAGGACACGGUGGCGGUGAGCAGCAGCUCUCUGAACAGCGAGAAUCCUUACGCCACCAUCAAAGACCUGCCGGGUCUUCCCUUCUGCCCCCCGGAGUGCAGCUACAUGGAGAUGAAGUCGUCCGUGCCCCGAGAGCGAGCGUACACCGAGAUCAGCCCGCCGCCGUUCAACCCGGCCACCUUACACAGAGAGCGUCAGAGCUCCCUCGGCCACUCUUCACACGAGGACCCCCAGAGCCACUACGACCUCCCUGUGAACAGCCACAUCCCGGGACACUACGACCUGCCUCCAGUCCGCCGCCCGCCGUCCCCCACCCCGUCCCCCAGGAGAACACCUCAGUGACACGCUGCUCCCUCCUCUUCCUCACUUUGGGGAUGAUUUCCUGUGCUCGCUGAGAAAGAGCCAACUUCCUGCUCUGCUCUGACAAUCCAGAGCUGUUGACCUGCACCUACAGAGCAGCAGCGAGGGGGCGUCCGUCCCACUGAGGAACUACUGUUUACUGUGGAUGGACCCCCCCCCAGCUUUUUUAACUCAACAUCGCCCCUCUGUGGGCUGAGGUGGUACAUGCUCCACCGUGACAGACUUGUCAUCCAGUGUGGGGAGCCAGCAGCCUGUGGUGAGGAACACGUCAAACACCAAAGGCCUUCACGGCUAAACGCAGCAACUGGGGGAAUGUUUUUGUGUUUGAACUCAUCCAGACGUGCUGUAAAUGAAGAUUUCCAUAGUUUGCUCGCCACUGAUCAGCUGCUGUACAUGUUUGACGCCUCCUUCCAGCAGAGACCUGAUGUUUACCUUUUUAUCAUCAAGAAAUGACAAAUAUCGUCGUGGAUUGAAGAUUUCAUUUGCUUUUUUGGGGGGGGAAUUGAGACCAUCUGGCAGCUUUGAUUGAACUCAUCACAUCUGGACUUCUGCUCCUUGUUAAACUCUUUUACAAAAAAAACUUUUAUAGAUGCGUAGGUUCAAGUCUUACCAGAAAAAAACAAUCUUGAAAAUAAUCAUUGUUACAGAUGAACGACCAAAAACUAUUUCUUUACUUCUGAUAAGUCAGGAUUUCUGAGACAUAUCACAAGAUGUUAGUUCCAGUAUUUCACCCCCCGAAAGUCAAGAGUAACGGUAUUUUACAAUAAUCCAUAUAUCGCUUUUUUUUUUAAACAAAAUGUGGCAUUUAGAGACACACGCGUGUGACUCACCUCCUGCUGCUGCCAGAUGAAACCUUUGUAAAUAUAAAAUGAAAUAUAUUGUUCUCCACGGUGACGCAGAAGAAAAAGCCCUGUUUUAAGAUGAACAUGUUGUUAAAGAGAUAAUUUACAUUUAUGAAUAGAUACCAAAGGUCAGUGUGAACAAAGUGAAAAUCUAAACCGAGGUCCAACUCAAAUGAAAGCAGCAUAAUGAAUGUUAAUGCAGAGUUCAGCAGUUUGUUGUUUAAAGAGCACAUUCGCCCAAAAUACAGAGUUUUAUAAAGUUGUUUAAUGUUUUGAUAUUUUAUCAUGAACCGUUUUUACUGGAACGAUCUUGUAAAAAAGAUCAGCAAAAAAACAAUCAAAAAACUAAAUAGAAAUGUGGCUAUUGAUUUUUUUUUCAUCUAGAUCCAUGAAUUAUUCUCCGGGGGAAACUGAACAUAUCAUAAAAUGCAUUUUCUUGCAAUGUCUAUUUUAAAUCUUUUUCCAACCUGAGAAAGAAAUCAGCCGACCUGCUUUUAAGUUUGUCAUUUUUUCUUAUUUCUGUUUUUGUUAACCUGGGUGUUGAGUUGCCUUUAAAUGAUUUUUCAUAACGUGUUUUUAAUCGAUACCGAGUCAAAGCUUCAUUAUCCGGUCAGAUAACAGAAACCCUGUUCACCACCGAGAAUGUACGUUGAGCUUGAAACGCUUUAGGUUGGUGUAGAGCUUCAGCUUUUUUAAAACACAUGACCAUAUAUUUUUGAAUGUAACCAUGGUAACAUGUUGUGUAUAUACUGUAAAUAAAAAUGGCUGCACCUUU